AUGAAUUCAAACACAACAGUUCUUUAUACUCAUGAUGAGUUUAUCAGACCAGUAGUAGCUGAAUGUCUAGUGAAAUAUUUUAAUUUGAAUAUCAAAAUCGUAGAGGCAACAAAGGAUACAGAGGGGUUUUUAUCCAAUUUUCCGGUAAGAAGGGUCCCUGGAUUAUUAUUUGAGGAUGACUCGAUAAUCUUUGAGCAGAUGGCAGUUACAAAUUACAUUAUACAUAAAGGUGGCAACAAAGCUGAGAUAGCAGAAUUACUGGGAUCUAGUGAUGAUUAUUUAACCCAAAGUGAAAUUAUUAUGAUCUGUUCCUUCUGUACAUCAGAUUUCUUUAGCACACUGGUAUUAUUCUGUCUCAAUGAUAUCAAGGGGACACCAAUAAGCAAUGAGACAGCCUCAAAUGCAGCUAAGAAACUAGAAGCUAUGUAUCCAAUCUUUGAAAGAAAGUUAGCUUUGCAUAAAUAUUUGACAAGUGAUAACAUCACUCUGGCUGAUUUGAUUGCAGCAGCUAGUUUUUCAAAGGGUUUUACCUCCAUGUUUGGUCCAGAAUGGAGGGCUGAGCAUCCUUUGAUAGUUAACUGGUUUUUUGAAGUUAUAAAUUCCAAAUACAUGGAAUAUAGAUUCAAGAAUUUCAAACUUACAACAAAAGCUCACAAAAUUUCUCAUCGUAUGUUACCCUGGGAUUGA